AUGGCGAUGGACGGGGCAGGCAGCCCCACCUACAGUGACUUCUUGGCUUUCCUGGACAAGGAGCCCCAUGCCCUCACCUCCUUCCACGUCAUCGAGACGCGGGAGCCACCCCGACGCCUGGCCCUAACGCCCACCCACCUGCUCUUUGUGUCUGAGAACGCCUCAGCACCUGCCACCCGCUUCCGCCCCACCUUCGCCAGCCGCGUGCGCCCUGGACACUUCGUGCUGGUGGCAGCGGGGGGGGGUGGUUUGCAGCCCGCUGAGGUGGUGGGGGUGCGGGACCGGAGGGGUGUGGGAGCCUACGCCCCGCUGACACGCCAUGGGACGCUGGUGGUGGACGGCGUGGUGGCCUCGUGCUUCGCCCUGGUGCAGGAGCAACAUCUGGCACAGCUGGCCUUCUGGCCACUGCGGCUCUACCACAGCCUGGUAGGGUGGCCAGGGGUGCAGGGGAAUGGCAUGCACUGGUACUCGAGGCUGCUCUACCAC